UGUCCUCAGGCAGCUUUCCCACGCCGGCUGCCCAUUUCUCCCCUCGUGGAAACUCCCUCCGCCUUGGGCCUACGUGGUGGGUUGGGCUUACGUGUCCUGUUUUGUUCUAUCAGGGGCCACAUAUAGUGCACGUUCGACAGGAUGGGGAGUGUGGAGUGACACAAUGAGUAAUGGAAACAUCAUUGUCAAUGGGACUGACUGCCAAGAAGAGAUGUGGGGACCGACAAAGCUCACUCGCGGACCACUGUCUCUACGGCUUGGAUUUCUCUCUUUUUCAUUCGCACUCAGCCUUUCAUUGCUUUGUUGCUAGUACUUGUUAUGUUUGGAUGUUUUUUGUUGCCUAGGCUUUAAAAAGGAGUAGUGUUUUUCGCUCUUCACCUCUAGCUGCUUCCCUGCCAACCAACGCAAUACAACAGCAACGAGAGCCAUGACAAUAAGCUAGCUUCAACGAGAAUCCCAUUUUCAAUUUCAAGUUUUCAACUUUUGAGAAAAACAAGAGGUUCAAGAUCUCUCAUUUACCUGAGUUCCCUCUCAUUGGCCACAUUUUUCCACUGCUUGUGGCGUAUCAAUGAUGGUCCAUAUCAUCAUUUAUUGACAUUUCAAUAUCUGGGUUGAAGAAUGCCUGUUUUGAAGUUCUCAGGGAUCCGCGGAUUAAUUAGUUCUUGCAAUAAUUUUUCUGCUUUUGGGUAUUGUGGGUCUUCGAGAUGGAAUUCGGUUCUCAACAAAAUGAUUUCCACCUAGAACAGCUUGUGGAUGGAAGUUUCAAGAAUUUCAUAUCUGGUUUUUCUCACGAUGAUAUGGACUUAUCUCUUGGGCAAAGCUUGGAUGGAAGUUUCAGGAAGUCUAACUCUGCUAUCUCUGCUCACAGUCUUUCUGGAACUUCAGCUUCAAGCAAGUUCUUUUCUACUUCCAGAAAAUUGUUCAAAGGGCUAAAGGAAUAUGGAAGGAAACUCACCAACCUGGAACGUUUCACACAGAGUCUUGAGGAUUGGGUUCUAGAGAAUUCAUGUGCAGAUUUAGCCAACGAGGAGCAGCAUUUCAGUUCUCCCUUUCUGGUUGAUGAAUUGCACAAGCUUGAUUUAGCAUUGGAGGGGGUGCUAUUUCAGCAGUUGUACCGUAUGCCCUGCUCACGUUCUCUACUAGCUGAUGAGCUUAAAGAAGAUGAGUAUCUUGCACUAGAAGACUUCCUUCAUGUUGUGGCAAAUGGCUUGUGGCGUACUUUUUGGCAUAGAACUGGGCCAUUUCCAUUCUUUGUAUCUUGUCCCCGACAUCCUGGAUCUAAGUUUUAUAGUGUAGAAAAGUCAAUAUCAAGAGGAAGGCUUAAAGAGCUAUGUGGUGUAGCUUUGUUGUCGAAACCUCGGGGUGAGUUGCAACUUCACUGGGACCAAGUGAUGGAGUUUGUAUUAUUUAAGCGAGAUAUAUUGUCAGAAAAUGAGUUGAAAAUUUCUGCUGGCACAAUUUGUGAAGCUCUAUUUUAUGGUUUUCAUAUACUUGUUUCUAGGAGUUUGAGCAAGAUCAGUACUGUCAGCAGUGAUUCUGUUUUCCUUCUGGUUCUAGACUCUAGAUAUGGAGGGGUGGUAAAAUUUGGUGGUGAUCUCAGCAAACUCGAUUUAAACUCAUCUAACCCAUACCAGGCCAUGGCUGAAUGGAUGAAAGCCCACGCUCAAGUUAGUGUUUCCUCAGUGGAUCUGAUGUGGAACAAAUUAGGGAAUGCGAAUUGGGGAGACCUGGGUACCCUGCAAGUACUUUUGGCAACUUUUUACACCAUAGUCCAGUGGAAUGGACCACCAAGAAAGUCGAUAGCCUCAUUGGCCGCAGAUCAUAGCCUCCGCCUUCAGAAGCGUAGGAUGGAGUGUUGCCUUGUUGAGAAUCAAUCUGCAUUGGUUCCCUUCCAACAGGCUGGUCACCAACAUGGAGAGAUUGUUGAACUUGACCAGAAUGAUAAUUCAUUUCUCAGAAAGCAGGCAUUGCGUUUGAAGCUUAAGAAGGGUGAGAUAUUGCUUUUGGAUGAUCAACGGCAGGGGCAGAAAAGUUUCCAAAUACAGGAGUCUCUUGUAGUAGGGAACAAUUUUCUAUACAGCGCUGUUUCUCUUGAUUAUCCAACGAAGUUGUUGUGUUUAUAUGUAGGUGCCCAUCCAUCCAGACUUGAGCCAUCUUGGGAGGAUAUGAGUCUGUGGUACAGUGUACAGAGGCAAACAAAAGUACUAAAUAUUUUGAAGCAACGGGGAAUUUCAAGCAAAUAUUUGCCUGAUAUAAUUGCCUCUGGCCGCAUUUUGCAUUCUGGUCCCUGUAUGAAGCAGAGCCCAGGAGGGCGAUGUGAUCACCCAUGGUGCGGGACUCCAAUACUUGUGACAUCUCCAGUUGGUGAGCCACUUUCAUCUGUUAUUGCUCGGGUUGGCCCAUUCUCCUCCGAGGAAGCAAUCCGCUGCUGCCGAGACUGCUUAGCUGCUCUAAGAAGCGCAGCUAUGACCAGCGUCCAACAUGGUGAUAUUUGUCCAGAAAACAUAAUUCUUGUUGACAUGAAAGAUGCAAGAAACAGUUUUUUGUAUGUACCAAUAUCAUGGGGACGUGCAGUUCUAGAAGACAGGGACAGCCCAGCAAUAAAUUUACAAUUCUCAUCAUCUCACGCCCUUCAGCAUGGGAAACUUUGUCCAGCAUCUGAUGCUGAAAGCCUGGUUUAUCUCCUCUUUUUUAUUUGUGGGGGAAGUAUAGAACAGCAGGAUUCUAUUGAAUCUGCUCUGCAAUGGAGGGAAAGAAGCUGGUCAAUGCGUUUGAUUCAGCAGAAGCUUGGUGAGGUUUCAGCUCUCCUGAAGGCAUUUGCGGAUUAUGUUGAUAGUCUUUGUGGAACCCCAUACCCACUUGACUAUGAUAUAUGGUUAAAAAGAUUGAAUAGAGCUGUGGAUGGCUCAGAUGAUAGAGGUAAGAUGAUUGAAGCAGUAGCCAUAACAUUGAGACUAGAGGAUGUUGCUGAGUCCUCAGGAACCACUGGAGGUGGUACUUAAGCUUAGUGCUGAGGCAGGGAUGAUCUUUGGAUGUUUGCUUUUGUAGCUAAAUUUGGUUUGGAUUCAACCUCAGUUUCUUCAAGAGAUUCUUGGGACGUCAAGAUUUACGGUUUGAUAACUUUUUCAGCAAUAGGUCAUAUUGAAGUUAAGCUGAUUGCAAUUUGUCUGCUGGUUUUCUCUAAUAUGAUUGCAUUGUAAAUUUACUUAAAACGGUGACAUACACCAAAUCUUGUCCUUUACUGGCCUUUUCAUUUAUGACUCCAAGGAGGACAACCCCAGACCUGAGAAAUCCCAUAAAGAAAGAUUAGCCCAAGAUUGACACCUCUUGAUUAUUUUCAGCAGGCAUUAUACUGGAUUAUUCAUUCUGCUGAUGGAAAGCAACAUUUAUAUCUGCUUGGAGAUCUUUUGUUUUUAUUUCUUGUUGCAUCUCCGUGGACAUUCUCAAGUCUACCAAUUUGUUCCAGUUUAUGAGUUAAAAAUAUGCUACUCAAUGUAAGGGAUGAUUGUUGUAAGAUGUCAGGAAAUUUAA